AUGAGAGAAAUGGAUUGGAGAGUGGCAACUUGGAAUGUGAGAACGAUGCUGGCACCUGGCAAGAUGAAAGAAGUAACUUCAGAAAUUUUACGCUAUAAGUUAGAUAUAGUUGCCCUGCAGGAAAUCAGGUGGCAAGGUGGAGGGCAGAUUGAUAAAAAAGAGUUCUCUCUGCUGUACAGUGGUCCGGAAAAUAGAACUGGUUAUGGUGGUACUGGCUUUUUCAUCACUGCUGAAAUGAGAAAGAAAUUGCUGAAUUUUGAGCCAAUAUCAGAGAGGAUGUGCAUGAUUAGGCUGAAGGGGAGGUUCAGGAAUGUAACUAUAAUAUCGGUCUAUGCCCCUACAGAGGAUGCGGAUGAGCAAGCAAAAGAAGAUUUCUAUGAUGUAUUGACAAACAAGAUGGAUCAGAUCGGGCAACAUGAUAUGGUACUGGUGCUGGGAGAUUUGAAUGCUCAGGUGGGUAGAGAGAGUGCAGUGAGGACUGUGGCAGGAAACUUUUCACUUCAUGAUGAAUCGAAUAAUAAUGGCUUCCUACUUGCACAGUUUGCUGAGAGCAACAGGUUGGUUAUUAAAAGCACCAGUUUCCCACAUAAAAGAAUUCAUCUGGGCACGUGGAAAGUACCAGGGAGUGAAGUGGUAAACCAGAUUGAUCAUGUGUUAGUAUCUGCCAGGCAUGCUUCAGGAGUUCUAGAUGUGCGUACAAUGAGAGGUCCAAAUUGUGACUCUGACCACUUCUUGGUUAGAGCUGUGGUACGAUUCAGGCUGGCCAAUAUACGCAAGGAAAGAGGAAUAAGAAGAUGCAAGUGGGAUAUUGAUAAGUUGCAGGUAGAUGAUGAAAGGCAAAUCUUUCAAAACAAUUGGAAGGGAAGUUUAUGCAGAAUAACAUGGAAAGGGUGA